AUGUCUUCUGAAGAUUCAUCGUCGUCUGUUAUUGAAUAUCAAUCUGAUCCAUCGGAUUCAAUAAAUUUAACCACAGUUUCUUCAUCUAUCAUCACUUUAUCAUCAAAUUAUAUUCCUAAUUCUACAUCAUCUAAUAAGGAGUUUACAAUUGAACGAAUUAUUGUUAAAAAUACAAAUAAUAAUUUAUCUUCUAUCUGUUGGAAUCUUUUUGGGUUUCCUGCGAAGAAAUCUAAAACAAAUCAUCAAUUUCAACCUAUUCCUGGUUUUGUUAGUUGUGAAUCAUGUUUACAAACCUAUUCCUUUCAAUCAGCAUUCGGUACUCGAGUACUCAAUGCACACAGUUGUAUUCAAAAAUUAUCAAAUGACAAAACAUCGUCAUGGAUAGCUGGUACCGGAAUUCAAACAAAAUUAGAAACAAUGAUAAAAUGUUACAAACAUAUUCAGUUACCAGGAAAAGAAAUUAAUUCAGUUAAAGACUUAGUUUCUAAAUGGCUAUGCCAAGAUAUGAGAGCUUUUUCUAUUGUCGAAGACACCGGUCUUAGAAAUUUAUUACAAAAAUUUAUUGUGCUAGGAAAGUGUGCUGCUUAUGGAGCAAUUGACGUGAAAAGUGUCAUGCGUGGUGCUGAUGUUUCUUCUAAACACAUAUACAAACUGGUUGAUGAUUAUCGUAUCAAAUUAAAAGAUAUAUUAAAAGAGCCAUAUGAAAGCAAGUGUAUAUGUGCCUGUCCCGAUACGUGGAGUGAUCCACACAAACAAAUUUCAUAUAUGGGAAUAUCAAUCUCAUUCGUCGAUGAGAAUUUUAAAUAUAUAAUAUUCGAUUUAUGGUGUGAACCUUAUCUACAAGAUGAUCAUACUGAUCCAAGUAUUCAGACGAGUGGUUGUAAUAAAGAUAUUCAAGGUCUUGGCGGUGUAGCAUUGCAACAGUCAACAGUUAUCCGAUGGCUGUCUAUGAUUGAUCUACUUCAGAGCAUAGUACGCUCAUAUUAA